CAAAUGGAGUAUUCCGUCAGUACCUGCGAGGCCGGCCCAUCACCAUGUUCGCUCCCUCCGAUUCGGCGGACCAUGGCCCCGCCAAAAAGGAGCCGACCCUACCGACGGAAAUGCUACGUGCAGAAUGGGUAUACGGUUACCGAGGCCGUGACUGUGCGGAUAACCUACACGAGCUCGGCAGCGGGGAAAUCGUGUACAACAUCGCGUCAGUCGUGGUUCUGUACGACCCUCGGGCCGGCACACAGAGGCACUACCUGGGACACAACUCAAGCAUACAAUGUCUGGCUGUACAUCCCGCGGGAGUCCUGGUGACGAGCGGACAAGUCAUGGGGGUCAACCGCAGAGAACAGAUUGCUGUAUAUGAAAAGUUCGACGGAUUUUACGGAACCCCAGAUCCGAACUGGUACAAGCCCCAUGUGAGAGUGUGGGAUUCCAAGACGUUACAAACUUUGGCUGUGAUUGGUGGAGACAAACUGCAGUUCGGAGUUUGCGCAGUGUCUUUUUCGGUCUCCGAUGGUGGGGGGCGAGUUCUGGCUGUUGAUGACUCGCCCGGAAAGAUUCUGACUGUUUGGGACUGGAAAAAUGGAGAUUUACUCUGUGAAGCCGUGGCGACACGGGACUUGUUGGAGACGGCUGCCUUUCACCCCAUGGACAGUGACCUGAUCGUCACGGCUGGGAAGAACCAUCUCGGCUUUUGGACGAUCAAGAAGAUCACUGCAGGAUCCAGCAGCAAGGCGUUCUUAACCAUGAAGAAAGGACUGUUUGCGGAGCAUCAGGCAAAGUUUGUUCAUUGCUUGGACUUCGGCCUUAAUGGUGACGUCAUCACUGGGGAUUCGAAAGGAAGCAUUUUAGUCUGGAAGAAAGGUUGUAACAGAAUCAGCCACUCCAACGCGGGCGCGCACAAAGGUGGCAUCAUGGCGCUGCGUGUGCUGACGUCAGACGUUACCCUAGUAACGGGAGGCGGGAAGGACAGACGUGUGGUGGUGUGGGACAGGUCUUACACCAGGCAGCUACGGGAAUGCAAGCUGGACAGGACCCUGGGCGGUGUGAGGUCCAUCUGUACGGCAGACAGAUCUCAGAUGUUCUCGGGAAACAGUUUGUUUCUCGGCACCCUUUCUAACGCGCUCUGCCAUUGGACACUGGACUUGGAGACGGUCGAACCCGCAGCUAAGGGCCAUGCAGAUGAGUUGUGGGGCCUUGCAGCUCACCCCAGGAAAGCCCAGUUUGUGACGUGUGACUACAGCGGCCUUGUGGUGCUGUGGGAGAGCAAAACUCACCAACCAGUGUGGAGAACACAGCUCAAGUUUGCAGCCCAGUCAGCCCAGUUUCACCCCAGUGAAGAAAUUCUUCUGAUUGGAACAACCACAGGAAGGUGGUACUGCAUGGACGCCUCCUCUGCUGCUGUCAUCGAAGAGCAUCAGUCCGGAGAGGACAACAAACAGCUGGACUGCCUGCGGUUCUCGCCAGAUGGCGCUAUUUUAGCGGUGGGGUCCCACGAUAACCACAUCUACCUUUACAACGUGGAGAAUCACGGGAAAAGCUACAAGAAAACGACAAGGUUGAGCGGGCACUCCAGUUUCGUGACGCACCUUGACUUCUCGACGGACGGUCGGUACAUGCAAAGCACGUCGGGAGAUUACGAGCUGCUGUACUGGGACGUGGCCGCGAGGAGUCAGCUGCAGUUCAAGUCAGCCAUGCGUGACGUCACGUGGAACACACAGACGUGUGUGUUCGGGUUUCACGUGUUCGGCAUGUGGCAGCAGGGAGCGGACGGACACGACAUCCUGUCCUGUGCCGCGUCAGGCUCCCGCGCGCUGCUGGCCUCAGCAGAUACUCACGGCAAGGUUAACCUGUUCACCUUCCCAUGCAGCACGUUUCAGGCGCCAGGGCACGUCUAUCCGGGACAUGGCAGUCACGUGACAUCCGUGAUGUUCCUGCGCGGCGAUGAUUGGUUGAUUUCGACAGGCGGGAUGGACUGUAGCGUCAUCCAAUGGCAGGUCGUGCGCCCCGCGCCAAAACAAUCCGCAAAACGGACCCACAAAGACUACAACAAACCUUCUAGAUUAAGACCAUCCUCCACCAGCAUGUUAUCGGCUAUAGAAGAAUUUCUACCGGAGAAUGAGUGUAGAAGUGCGGAGAAGGCGGCUGUGUCGGACGCGUCUACACAGACGAGCAGACCGGGUUCACCGGACAAGACCAGCCGGCACCCGUCACCCCAGCCACCGCCUGAUCCAGCUCAGGAGGAGAAGAAGAUGAUACAGCAACUAGUGGACAGCUUGUUUUUGAACAACUGA